AAGAGGCGAGCGACGAUGGCGGAGGUCCCGGUCCUGGCUGCGGCAGUGGCCGAGGACUCGGAGGAAAAGGAGGAAGUCGUGCCCAGCCUGGCGAACCAGUGGGACGGUGUCGAGUCUCGCGGUAGUGGGCGACAUCGUCCACUGAGGGUCGGCGAAAGCUGGUUCCUCGUGGAGCAGAGCUGGUACAGUCAGUGGGAAGAAUACGUGCAGGGACAAGACCGGGAUUUCAGCUACUUCCCUGGUCCCAUCGAUAAUGCUCGACUUUUCGAAGACCGGGUAAACUGGUGCCUCAGAAAGGGACUGGUGGAAGGUAGAGAUUAUAUACUGCUCCCAGCAGAUGCUUGGUUUUGCCUUCUCAAGUGGUAUGGUAUAGAGCGUGGCCAGCCGCCCAUUGAACGCAAGGUUGUGGCACUGCCUGGCAGCCUGACAAUUGAAGUAUACCCAGUAGAACUGCUGCUUAUGCGGCACAGUGACAUAAACACAACUUACACUGCUCAAUUCAGUCUUGCCGAUUCUAUUGAACUUGUGUUGAGCCGAGCUCGAGAGCACUUUGAAGUGAGUACUCAGGACGAGAUCCGGCUGUGGGUCAAGAACUCGGAGGGCACUUUUGAGAGGUUGCGCAACACACGUGUCACAGUGUUUGAGGCAGCACUCAAGACGGGGCAGCUGAUCAUCAUGGAAACCCGGAACAAGGAUGGAACUUGGCCCACUGUCCGUGCACGCACCAUGAGCAGUGUGCCUGGAGCUCAUGAGGACUUCACAGGCCAGCCAGGCAUCUGUGGACUUACCAAUCUGGGCAACACUUGCUUUAUGAACUCUGCCUUGCAGUGCCUCAGCAAUGUACCACAGCUUACCGAAUACUUCCUCGACAACCGUUAUCUGAAUGAACUCAACUUCUGCAACCCACUGGGCAUGAAAGGGGAGAUUGCAGAAGCUUAUGCGGACCUGGUGAAGCAGGCCUGGUCUGGCCACCACCGCUCCAUUAUCCCCCAAGUGUUCAAGAACAAGGUUGGCCAUUUCGCAUCCCAGUUUUUGGGCUACCAGCAGCAUGACUCACAGGAACUGCUGUCAUUCCUCCUGGAUGGGCUGCAUGAGGACCUCAAUCGUGUUAAGAAGAAGGAAUAUGUGGAGCUGUGUGAUGCUGAUGGGCGACCAGAUCCGGAGGUCGCAGAAGAGGCUUGGCAUAACCAUAAACGUCGCAACGAUUCUGUGAUUGUGGACACUUUCCAUGGCCUCUUCAAGUCGACACUGAUUUGCCCUGAUUGUGGCAAUGUAUCGGUGACCUUUGAUCCUUUCUGCUACCUAAGUAUUCCACUGCCUGUCAGUCCCAAGAGGGUCAUGGAGGUCUUCUUUGUCUCCAUGGAUCCCCGCCGCAAGCCAGAGCAGCAUAGGAUCGUGGUCCCCAAGAGAGGCAAGAUCUCGGAUCUGUGUUUGGCUCUUGCCAAACACACUGGUAUUUCUCCAGAAAGGAUGAUUGUGACUGAUGUCUUCAGUCACCGCUUCUAUAAGAUCUAUCACCUGGAGGAGUCUCUGACCGGCAUCUUGGAUCGUGAUGAUAUCUUCAUAUAUGAGGUGUCAGGCCGCUCCUCCGCCACUGACAGCUCUAGAGAUGACAUUGUGCUUCCCAUCUAUCUGCGGGAGCGCACCCCAUCCCGGGACUACCACGGCUCCUACUAUGGCCUGAUGCUUUUUGGACACCCACUUCUGGUGUCAGUGCCCCGAGAUCGGCUUUCCUGGGAAUCCCUGUAUCACAUCAUGCUGUACCGCCUUUCGCGCUACGUAACCAGACCUGGCUCUGAUGAUGAGGAUGAUGGAGAUGAGAGAGACAUGGAGGAUAAGAGCAGCAUGCCCAAGUCUAGUCACAUGGCUGGGGCCAGCUGCCAGGAGUUUGGCCUGGAGCAAGCUGGGCCCAGUACUGGAAUUGCAGGUGCUAGCCGGGCCCCCAUGGACAGCUCCCCUGGACCAUCUCAUUGGUCCCAGCGGGCAAGGCGCAAGCAUCUGUUCACUCUGCAAACCGUUAAUUCAAAUGGGACCAGCGACCGUUCUCUGUACAACGAAGAUACUCGUGGUGUCUCCUUCAGCUCCCAGCCAUACAUUGCUCUUGACUGGGACCCGGAGAUCAAGAAACGUUACUAUGAUGAGGUGGAGGCAGAGGGCUAUGUGAAACAUGACUGUGUGGGCUACGUGCUGAAGAAGGCUCCAGUGCGGCUGCAGGAGUGCAUUGAGCUGUUCACCACUACUGAGAUUCUGGAGAAGGAAAAUCCGUGGUACUGCCCCUCGUGCAAAAAACACCAGCUGGCCACCAAGAAGCUGGACCUGUGGAUGCUGCCUGAGACACUCAUUAUCCACCUGAAGCGCUUUUCCUACACCAAGUUCUCUCGGGAGAAAUUGGACACCCUUGUGGAAUUUCCUCUUCGGGACCUGGAUUUCUCCAGGUUCGUCAUCAAGCCGAAAAAUGGGGAAUCCCCGGAACUCUACAAAUACGAUCUCAUUGCUGUUUCCAACCAUUAUGGUGGCCUGCGUGAUGGACACUACACGACUUUCGCCUGUAACAAGGACAGUGGCCAGUGGCACUACUUUGAUGACAGCAGUGUCUCGCCUGUGAAUGAGAAUCAGAUUGAGUCCAAGGCUGCCUACGUGCUCUUCUAUCAACGCCAGGACGUGACUCGUCGCCUGCGAAGCCAGUCUGUGGCAUCUUGCUCUCCUGUGGUAUCCCCUACUUGUGGUUCCCCACCCAGCACUGAUUCCAUGGACGUAAACUAAACGUUCCUGACCCGUCACAGGGAAGGAAGUUAACUCUACUCUCUUUCUUCGGUCAUCUCCCCAUCCUUCAGUUAUCUCCCCAGUUCACCCAGUACACCCCAGUUCUCCCCAGUUCACUCCAGUUCUCAUACCCGCGUUGAGCGCGCCAUGCCAGGCAUCGCAGUUGUGACUCUUGUUCUCUUGUGCGGCCAUUUUUUGCUUUUUUUUACCCCGGGGUUGAAGUGGUUGCUUGUCCCCUGGGCAGUGUGUUCCCCAAGCCUGUGUUUGCCCUGUGGAGCAUUAACCCUCCCAUUAACCCUCCCACUUACUCUCUAUUUAUGGUUGUUCCCUUCCUCUGUCCUUAACCCUGGGAUGUUCUGAGGAGGUGAUGGUGGGUGCACCUGAACACAGAGUGUAUUUUCUUACUGAGGACGCUGUACCUUCCCUUCCCUAUAUAUAAAAGUGACGGUGUGUUGCA